CGUACUCGAACUUGCAAUGUCGACCGCGCAAGCUCCUGCGGUUGUUCCAGCCACCGGCGGCGCCCAGCAAGAAGAAACAGGCUUCCGUAAGUUCUUUGGAUUCGCUCAGCAAAUAUUCAUCUUUUGGGCUAUCACGCAAAUUGCCACGAAGUUUUUUGCGCCAAAGACAGCUGGUCCAGAUACAGCGGUAUCUACUGGAGGAAAGCAGGCCGUCAAUACGAAUCCUGUAGAUCCAUGGAGUCAACUCCCAACGCAUGCAUCUUUGGCGUGGCCUCUCGGCGAAACAUAUUCCAUGCACGUGUACUUUACUACGGCCCCACAUACGGAUGUCUUCACGAAGCAAUGGCGCAACACUAACAAGGAAGACAAUCUGCCACAUUUCGUGUGGGAUAAUAUCAAGUUUGGAGACUAUAAUGACCAUCGGUCCGUGGAGUAUACCAUUGACUUCCCGGAUGUCGUCAAGAACAAUGGCUCCCUAUGGGCGGAUAUCUUCUUGCUGAAGAAUGGGGCAACUUUGGAUCCCUCGAAUAGCUUUUUUGACGCGGGAAACAUCCACCAUGUUCGAAAACUGCUCACGCCAUAUUUUCCUCGGGAAAAGGUUCGCAAGGAGAAGAACCUUUUGAGUGGCGAGACAGCUGUCGAGGAAGAGGCCGAAGAAGUGGAUGUUAUUGUCCCACAUUGGCAUAGUAACAUAACCCUUGCUCUCAUUUCGGAUCCCGCUGUUCUUCCUUACUCUUCGCUUCCCCCACCAAUUCUUGAGCACAUACACCUCGUGCCCAACGUGAGAGAUGAAACUGGAACAAAAGGUCUCUACAAGCCCAUCAUUUUCCCCAAUGAAUUUUGGCACCUACGAAGUCACUAUGUUGAGGUGAACAGUAGCACCGAGGCGCUGCCAGUCCAAGUUGUUUUCCAGCCUAUGUCGUACAUGAAAUUCCAGCUAUUCGCCACUAUGACGCAGGGAUUCAAGGACGCUGAGAAGCAACAAGGUACAUCGGCCAGCGCGGAAAUCGACGAAAUCAAGCGAAUGUUGCUAGAGACAAAUCCUUGGUUCCUCGGAUUGACCGGCCUAGUCAGCGUGCUUCAUGUACUAUUCGAGAUGCUUGCCUUCAAAUCCGACGUUUCUCAUUGGCGGCAGAAGAAGGAGAUGGUUGGAGUCUCUGUUAGAACUAUUGUCACGAACGUCUUUGUCCAAAUUGUCAUCUUGUUAUACCUCAUCGACAACAACGAGAACACCAGCUGGAUGAUUCUCUUUGGUUCCGGUAUGGGUGUGCUGAUCGAAGCUUGGAAGAUAACAAAAGCCGUGGAUAUAUCUUUAGUAUCCGCCCCAACAGGUUCCUUGAUCCCAUACAAGCUCGAUAUCAAAGACAAGCAUGUUCUCAGCGAAGAUGAGAAGAAGACUCAAGAGUACGAUAAAUUGGCGUUUCGUUAUGUCUCAUAUGCAGCGAUUCCGCUUCUCGCUGCGUACACCGUGUACUCCCUGGUCUACAACACGCACAAAGGAUGGUACAGCUUUGUCAUUUCGACCCUGACGUCCUUCGUGUACAUGUUCGGAUUCGCUCAACUGGUCCCUCAGCUGAUUAUCAACUACAAACUCAAGAGCGUUGCCCAUAUGCCCAUGAAGUCGAUGAUCUAUAAGACUCUUUCGACCGUCGUCGAUGAUCUAUUUGCGUUUUGCAUCAAGAUGCCGUUUUUGCACCGGCUAGCAUGUUUCCGAGACGAUGUGGUAUUUCUGAUCUUCCUAUACCAACGGUGGAUAUACCGAAUUGAUCCCAAGCGAGUGAAUGAAUAUGGGCAGGUCAUGGUCGAGGAGGCGGAUGCAGCGAGCAAGGAGUCGAAGAAAACUCGCUAGACUGAUUGAAGGCGGUCUGUUAUAUACUUAAUAGUUGUGUAAAUAGAGAAGCGAACACGACGUACUCGGAGC